AUUGUGAUUUAUGAUUUGGUAUGUGUGAUAGUAUCCCUAGAUUCUGCUAAGCAUACUUAAUUGGCAAGUAUGACCUCAGUGUAGCCUACUUUUUAAGACAUCUUAUCAUUUCCUCUAAUUGCAACCUUCCGCAGAUAUUUUACAGUAUCCCUUUGAAAUGUGCCGUAAGCAUUAGAGUAUUGGUCCUUCGCCAGAGAGGUAGGCUGGUGUGUUAUGUGGGGCGGCUCCUCUCCUCCCAGACCGCCCAGUAUCGGACUCCGUCAUUUCGCCUUCUCGUCCCUCACUUGUUGGAUGUGUCCGUUUGAAUUUCUCUCUGUUUUCAAGCUUCCUGGUGGUUCUUUACCCUCUUGGAGUCUUGAGUCAACCACUGCUGUGAGUGAAGGUUAACGCGUUUUUACGCGUAAAAAGCGCUUAUCCCGAAUCGUUGUCCCCGUCCUUACCUGUUCGUUAGCUCUAGUUGCUGCGCCGUGAUUAUGCUCCGUUUUUCGGUAUCUGCUGUUAGUGGCUUUCUCUGCAGGCGUCCCUCUGACCUCUAGUCUGUUGGUCCCACGGCGGGAGUGUUGGGUUUUCCUCUCGGCGUUGUGCGUUCUGGACCCCGGGUCAUCCUUGGAGAAGUUCCGCCGCAGUCCCAUGCACAGCGCUUCUCUGCUCUCCUCCUGCUGCGAUAAGGAUGCUGGUGUCUUUUCAUGGUCAAACUCCACAGGAUUAGCCCGAGUUGAACAAACGGACCAUGUAACCAGAUCAGAGAUACAAUGUGUCUGUCCAGUGGUGUGACUUCAUACCUUUGACCUCUGAUUUGACUUCAGUUAACCUUUACACCCCUCGAACACUCUUCUGAUGUGUUAAGCAACUUUGCAGAACAGUUUGAUGGAGAGCUGGUCGGAUGACAGCUGGAACUGUUGUCAUAACCGGAGGAAUACUGGCCACAGUGAUACUUCUGUGUAUCAUAGCUGUGCUCUGUUACUGUAGACUCCAGUACUACUGCUGUAAGAAGAAUGGGUCUGACAGCGGCUCCAUCUCUCAGCAACACUUUGCCUGCAACGCCUGCAGUGUCCCCGGCCUGGACGGGUCGAUCAUCACCCCACUGUCCCUGUCACCGCCAGAGCCGCCUGGAUCCUCCAACCCCUCAAAACCUACAAGGGGGGGGCGCAGCUACUGCCCUACCUGCUCCCCCUACGACUCCCCCUUUUACAUCCGUACCACCGAUGAGAUGCGCAAUGGCGGAGAGCGCAUCACCUACAUGCCCACGCACUAUGAGAACCAGGCGCUGGCGAUGCCGCUGCCCGCCGUCCGAGGCUCCUUGCUGAGGGAUGCCCAGCGUAGCAGGCCACCCGAUUUCUAUACCAACACCCGAGCCAUCAGCACCGAGGUGUGACCACCCCAAACCGCCCCCCUCCCCCAACACCACCACCCAUACGUACCUACACACACACACACACUCCUCACUCUCUUCACUUGCACACACAUCUGUACCACCACUAACAAGACCCACAACAAUGAUAGUGACACCUACUGCAGCUGUCAGUGGGGACAAAAGGCCACUGGUACAUAAUCACGUUUAUUUAGGGUUUGGGGUUUGGGGGGGAUUAAAAGCCAACUGCUGAAGACUAAAGUGUAGCAGGGAUUAUUUUCAGACCUAUUCACUUUAUACGCAUAAAGUUUUCAUGUUCACAAAUACAGUAAUUCUGUUAUUGACAUUAGAUAAAACUGUAGCUAUAAGUUUGUUGGAUGAAGAAAAAAAUUGAGAGUAUGGUUGUACACUGUCUGUUGACUGUUAACUGUGUCUUUACUGACUGAGGGCUAUCUUAGAUAAAUUAUGAUUUUCCCUUACUAUUAUCUAUCUAUAACUGCCAAAAAAAGACAAAAAAGUAGUAUGAUGAAGCAAUUUUUUGUCAUGGUUUGCAGAACGGAGACUAAAAUGGGUUUGCAACAGUUACAAGGGUAAAAGAAGAAAAAGUCAACACCCCCUCUGUAGUUUUCUGGAUCUCUGGAAGCAUGCUAGAGCUACAGGAAGAGGUUGGACAACUGAAGCUUUCUCUAUGCAAGGUGUUUGGCAAACUACUGCAGCUCUUCAUCUCCAGUCAUCUCCUUUCAGCAGAUUUCAUCUCAUCAUGUAACUUUAUCAGUGGAAUAUCGCGAGCACGGUGCAUACCCAGUGAGAUAGUAAGAAGCUGCACAUGUAGAUAGACCUGCAAGCAUUUAAGGCUGGAUUGUGGAUUGCUUAAAGCCUCUUAGGUUGCCAGGUCCAGCACUGAACUCCUUGUUUCUCUCCUAAUGUGUAAACUUGUAAAGGAGCAAAGACGCCUGAGUCCUACAAGGCGACAUCGGCAGGCCUGAAAUGAACUGAGUGAACUUCUCUCUACUGACAGUAAUGCAAAAAGUCUGAAAUGUAAAUAUUAAUCAGAAAGCAAUGAACGCAUCUCUUGAUCCCGUUGUGUUCUUGAAGGAUUUGAACAUGAUGUAUUUUGAAUGAAGGAGUGUGAUUUACUAGUUUGUGCUAUUUUGUCUACACACUCCUCCUAUACUCCUGUACUACUCUCAUGUUGAUACUUUGAAAUGCAAAUAACCAUGUUUUUCUUUUCAAGUUGUUUUUUUUUUCAUAUAGUGAGAAAGUCAAAGUCCACAUUUAUGUGAAUUAAACUGUUUCACAGUGCUCAUUUUCUACAUGACACCUACCCAGCAUUGCUUGCGAUACACAAUAGUAUUUCCUGUUAUAUUUGUCUUAUUUGUCUGUGAACAGCAGGACUCAGUGAUGCUGAAAAAGCAGUGCACGGUGUGAUAAUGUUGGAUAAUUUUGCAGGAUUUUCAGACAGGCCUAGUGUUAUUCUUCAAAAAUGCUCUUCCCAACCUCUUUUCAGCAAUGCACAACAUAAUUACAAUUUAAUUGAAUAAUUAAAUACUGCAGUGCCAUUACACAGUACACCUUCAAACCUCUCAAGACUAUUUCACACCAGAAUAUAUUGUUUUCCUUGGAUGAAUUACAAACGGCAAACAAGUGUACAGAGGACUGGGAAAAGUUCAUCACUAAAACUCAACAGGUUUUAUUUUAGUGAUCUAAAUCAUGUCAGGACUGUCACUGAAAGACGAUUCAGUGGAAUAAAACCAAUGUUUCUCCAUGUUGUUCUCAUUGUCACAGAUAAGGAAUAAAUGUCAUCAUUCAUUUAUUUAGCCAUUGUAUUAACUAUCUAUUUUACUACUUAUGUAACUAAUUAUCUUUAAAAACAGAAUAAAAAGAUUUUUAGAAUUGUGGGUGAAACAGAA